ACUGCCCAAUCAGGAGAUACUUCUACUUCUGGCAGCAAUUCAAAUUUUAAUAUAGAAACGCUGAUAUUUAAAAUAGGAGAUUUGGGCCACGCGACUUUUAUAAGCGAUCCGCAAAUGGAAGAGGAGGGUGACUGCCGCUAUUUACCGAAAGAACUUCUUCAAGAAUCCUUCGACCAUUUAACUAAAGCAGACAUCUUUUCAUUGGCUCUUACUAUCUAUGAAUUGGGCAGGAACAGUCCGCUUCCUCCCAACGGGCCCGAAUGGCAUUCAAUCCGUGAAGGUUUAUUAGAGCAACUCCCGUUCUGCUCUUCUUCUUUUAAUAACCUAUUGAAGAAAAUGGUGGAUCCCAUCCCCGAAAAAAGGCCUCCUUCUGAGUUUGUAGUUCAGUUCGUUUCUGAAAUUUCCAGUGUAGAAACUGAAGAAAGUCAGAAGAAACUUUUGAUAUACAAAGAACUAAAAUCUCGAAAAGUUAAACUAAGAAUAGCGCAAGAAGAGAAAACUAACGGCGGCAGUAACUUGGAUCAAUUCAAAAAGCAACGCUCGCUCAUUUUUAAAAGUUCGAGUACUGCUUGGUAGAAAAUGGAAUUAUAUUUAAAGUGUUUAAGGCUUAGUAUUGUUGAGACUUUCUGUUUUUAAGAAAGUUCCUAAAUUUAUCAA